AUGGAGCAUUUUCAGGUUCCAUUCAUGGCGGAUGCCUUAAAAUCAUCGAUUGCAACUUUUCAUACAACGAAGAUCACCGUCCCUGAUCCAACCAAUUUUCUGUUCGUUGGGUCCAUUCCUAAAUCGAUGUACAUGUGUGUCUCAGCCGAAAGCAAGGUUAUGGCCGACUACCGAAACCUCCCACCCACAGGACCAAGACAAUUAACUCCUGAGAUGCAAACCGCGCUGGAUGCCGUUGAUACACUAGCUAAAAGGGGGAAGAAACCGGAUACGAAGAAGCAAGAAAAAGAAGGCCAGUCUUCCCAAGCUGCCACGCCUAAAAAACAUAAGGUUGAACAUGCUGCUACUUCUCCACGAAAGAAGCGAAAGGUGAAAAAGAUGGCGAAGAAACCGAAGACAACUUCUCCUAGUGACUCAGACUACGUUCCUUCUGAUCACGAUCACUGCAAAUCAGCCAAAGGUAAUGAUGUUCACCUUGAAGGAUCACCGAGAGGAGAUACACCUCCACAUUCUCCAUCUCUCGAGGUACCACUAAAUGACUCAAUUCCAAUUCCUCCUCCUUCUACUCCAUCUCAUACUACAACACCUAUUUCCAUUGCACCCCUUUGA